UAGUAUGGCACCGCUGUAAUGUUUUUUAUUGCUUUUUUUGUUUUGUUUUUAUUUUGGUUUGACGCACUGAUUUAGGGAACUUAAAACGCAACAAUCUCCGUUUAUGUGGAAGUUUGGGAGCGUGUGUCGCUCCGGAGGAGAGGCAGCGAUGGCGGUCCCCCUGAAAACAGCGCUGGCUCUGUUGGUUUCUGCCCUGGCAGCUGCCCUGUGUGCAGACGUAGAGGAGAGGCUGGUGAGUCAGCUGUUGUCACCGGAGCGGUAUAACAAGCUGAUCAGGCCAGCUGUCAACAACAGCCAGCAGGUCACAAUUUACAUACAGGUGUCUCUGGCCCAGCUGAUCAACGUGAAUGAGAGGGAGCAGAUCAUGACCACUAACUGCUGGUUAACCCAGGGUUGGAACGACUACCGAUUAAUGUGGGAUCCCAACGAGUAUGAGGGAAUAAAGAAAAUACGACUGCCGUCACAGCACAUCUGGCUUCCAGAUAUCGUCCUCUAUAACAAUGCUGAUGGAACAUAUGAAGUUUCCUUCUACUCCAAUGCUUUAGUUUCCAACAACGGAGAUGUUGACUGGCUCCCACCUGCCAUCUACAAAUCUGCCUGUAAAAUUGAAGUGCGGGAUUUCCCUUUUGACCAGCAGAACUGCACCCUCAAGUUUCGUUCCUGGACGUAUGACCACACAGAGAUAGAUCUCAUCCUCCUCAGUGAUUAUGCCUCACGGGAUGACUUCAAACCCAGUGGUGAGUGGGAUAUUGUUUCCCUACCAGGACGCAAGAAUGAAGACCCAAAUGAUAUCAGGUACCUGGACAUCACCUAUGAUUUCAUCAUCAAGAGGAAACCUCUGUUCUACACCAUCAACCUGAUCAUCCCCUGCAUCCUCAUCACCUCCUUGGCUAUCCUGGUGUUUUACCUUCCAUCAGACUGUGGUGAAAAGAUGACUCUUUGCAUCUCCGUACUCCUGGCCCUGACUGUGUUUUUACUUCUUAUUUCAAAAAUUGUGCCACCAACAUCUUUAGCAGUGCCUCUGAUUGGGAAGUACCUCAUGUUUACAAUGGUGCUGGUCACCUUCUCUAUUGUCACAAGUGUUUGCGUGCUCAAUGUCCACCACCGCUCCCCGAGCACACACACCAUGCCACCUUGGGUCAAACGGGUUUUUCUGCACCGGCUUCCUUCUUUUCUCUUCAUGAGGAGACCAGGGAACUCCAAUAUCCGCGAGAGGUUCAGGAAAAAAUACCAGAGACAGAAGUCCUCAGACCAGAUCCCAUGUGGAGCAGAGGGUGGGACAGGACAGGGGGUGGGAGUGGCCGAUUCGUCCUCAUCUUUCUUUGUUAACGAAGGGUCAGCCAAACGCUACGGCUGGCGAAGUAGUGACUUAUCAGAGAACACAGACAUUAGGAGGAGGAUGACACUCAAGAGCAAUAUUGAUAUGGAAGAAGCAGUGGAUGGUGUUCGCUACAUUGCUGACAAAAUGAAGAGUGAAGAUGAUGAUGAGGGAAUCAUUGAAGACUGGAAAUAUGUGGCCAUGGUGAUUGACCGCCUCUUCCUGUGGAUUUUUGUAUGUGUGUGUGUGGUCGGCACUGCAGGACUUUUCAUGCAGCCCCUUUUCCAGAGUUACAACACCCCAGUUGCUGAAGAUACUGAGCAUAAAUGAAAUCUGAAACUCCACCUUUAAGUUUUGAAAUGACUCAGACAGAAAAUUUACUUUACUGGAAAGAAACAUUUCUCUGCAGAUCCAGAACGACCAUCACUUAUAAAACCCUGACCUGUAUACCCAAGUGCUCCCUCACCACCUGCUGACCUCUGAUCUUCUGAUUUGAUCUUUCUUUGAACACUAAAUACCAGCAUGCCCACAUCCCUUAAUUUAUAACCCAACAUUUUGGAAAAGGUAUUGAUUAAAAAUAAAAUCCAAAAGCAUAC